AUGGCUGAAGAGGGGACAGGAAAACAAGGUAUAGAGCAAAAGGAUACAACAGCAAAAACUAUAGUAAAAGAAAAAGAAGAGGAUGCUCUAAAGCAGCAGACGAGAACAAAAAAUAAACUAAUGGAAGAUAAUGUUGAGAAGAUUUUGAAAAUAGUUAGAGGGAUGAAGGAUGACAAUGUAGGUAGAAACGAAAUAAGAAAAAUUGUAAUGGAGGCUGUAGGAGAAGAAUUGAGGAACCUCCGACAGGAAAUAGAACAAAUAAAACAAGCAAUGUCAAAAAUGAAUAAAAUCCAAAGCAACGAGUCUAGAAGCGCCUCAAAAAGCUACGCGGAAGCAACAAUAAAGACAAGAAAAACAGAAAAUAUCCUGAUUGUAAAGCCAAAAGAAAAGCAAGAGAGUGAGACAACUAAGAAUACUGUGCUCGAAAAAGUUAAGAUAAAUAUGUUACCGAUAGGGGUAUCACGAAUGACGAAGGGAAACAAGGGAACAAUUAUUAUAGGUUGUGAAAGCGGGAAAGAAGUAGAACAACUGAAAACAUCAAUGGAAGCAACAAUAGGAAAAGACUUUGAAACGAUAAUACCUAAGCAAAAGCAACCAAAGAUCAAAAUAAUUGGAAUUGACCAAGAAGAAAUGGAACGGGAUGACCAAUCAUUGAUAGAAACAAUUAAAAUACAGAAUGAGCUAGCAGAAAGAAGCGAAAGGCUGCAUCUGAGAAUUCUAAAAAGAGGAUUAAUGGAAAAGAAGAAUGAAGGAGAAAGUAGAAGAGAGGCUGGAAGUCUUAUACUUGAAACGGAUGUAGAAACGCACACAAAAUUGUUAAAUAAAGGAAAAGUAAAUAUUGGUUGGAGGAAAUGUAAGGUCUACGACUUUGUAAGUGUAAUGAGAUGCUUUAAGUGCUGGGGAUUUAACCACAUGGCAAAACACUGUAGAAAGGAAGAAACUUGUCAACACUGCGCAGGAAAUCACAAAGGAAAUGAUUGUAGAACAAAAAAGAAAAAAUGUAUAAAUUGUUUGGAGAAAAUCAAAAGGUAUAAUAACAACAACAUUAAGGAUGAUCAUGAAGCAACAGAUAGGGAAUGCCCAACGUAUCUAAGAAAAAUAGAAGAGGAAAAAAAUAGAAGGACAGAUGAAGGCGAAUAG